AUGUCCGGCUUCGAGGAUUAUACGUUUAGCUACGCUGGCGGGGAGAAGAAGACGUUUUACCUCGCGGCUGGGCCGAAGGAGGGACCGCUUCUCAUCUUCGUUCAUGGAUGGCCCGCCAUCGGUCUGACAUGGAAGCCUCAAAUCCAGGCCUUUUCAGCUCUUGGCUUCCGUGUCAUCGCGCCAGAUAUGCCCGGCUACGGCGGUUCGUCUGCUCGCAAGAAGACUGAAGAUUACUCCUUGGAAUCUAUCAACAAUGGUAUGGUAGCUCUUCUCGAGCAUCUUGGCAGAGAGGAUGCCGUUUGGGUUGGGCAUGAUUGGGGAUGUGGUGCCGUGUGGAGCUUCGCGGAACACUACCCCGAGAAAUGCGUCGGCGUUUGCGGCAUGGCGGUCCCAGCCCGUGUGAUUGAACUCGGUCUCGAGGAAGAAGUCAAAUUUGUCAACCGCGAGAUGUACCCUGUCGACAAGUUCCCCUACGGCCAAUGGGACUACCAGCGCUUCUACCAGCUGGACUUUGAAAAGGCCACCGAAUUCUUCGACAAAGACCCUGCAGCGUUCAUUCGAGCGGGCUACUCCAAAGGCAAGCCCGACGCCCUCGGCAAGCCGUCCUUCACUUCGCAGGUCGUCUCAGCGGGAGGCUGGUUUGGUGGGAUUGAGAAGCCCGAUCCGGCGUGGAAGCAGAUCCCCAGCGAGAAUGUGGUCAUCGAUGAGGAUGUUUUCGAGGCGUUGGUGAAGGCGAUGGAGAAGACGAGUUUCUGGGGCGCGGAUGCUUGGUAUGCUAACCAUGACACGAACCGGAAGUACUUCUUCGACAAGGCGAAGAAUGAUGGGUAUUUGCACAUGCCGACGCUGUUCAUCGAGGCGAAGUUUGACACGGUUUGCGAUACUGUGAACUCGAGGCUGACCGAGCCACAACGGAAGUACUGCACCAACUUGACCGAGACUAGCAUUGAUGCCGGACAUUGGGUGCCACAGGAGAAGCCUGUCGAAGUUAAUGCCGUGCUUGCCAGGUGGCUUGUCGAAGCUUGUCCCAAGCACUGGCCGGGAUACUGGGGCAACAAGGGGUUUAUCAAGUCCAAGGUUUGA